AUGAUUGACGUCGAAGGUGACGCCGUGUUCGGGUCGUUCCCAAACGAGAGAUUCCGCUUCGGUGUAGAACAUGCGAACGGCAUUGGGGAGAUCUGGCUGGAGAGUCAAGCGUCCAAGAAACGCUGGUGGGGGUGUGAGGUGACGGAUGUGGCGGCUUUCACUCCAGCAGACGUAGCAUUACCCCCAAAAGACAGUGCUUCAUUAUGUGGCGGUGUCAGUUUGAGGGAAUCCGCUUCCAAUCGUGCAAACCCCCGACCGAAACUUGUGCGAGAAGACGAAGACGAGUCGUUACAACUGGAGGUGUCAAUCAAAAUGGGGAUGGCAGACUUGGCGUGGGCACCUAAGUAUGUUUUCCCAAUGGCUUUAGUCUCUCAGAGUCCUCUACCAGCUGAAGUGCAAGCAGAGCAGAUUACGCUCCUAACUGCACAAGUUCAGGAGCUCUCCAACAAGAAGUAA